GCCGGCGGCCCGGGCAGUUGGCUCGGCGACGGCGGAGCGGCAGGAGCGACAGCGCGAGCGGGCCGCGCGGCGGGGCACGGGGUGCGGCGGCGGCCGAGCCGGAGCAACAUGGCGCCGGCGGGCGGGGGAGGGCGCCCGGGCGGCGGGCCGGCCCGAGGGCGCCUCCUCCUGGUGGCGCUGGUGCUGCCGGUGCUGCUGUGGGCGCGGGGGGUCCGGGGCCAGGGAGACCCCCAGCGGAGCACGAUCCUUGGCAUGCGACUGGCGAGCUGCGACAAGCCGUGUGGGAUGAACCCGGAUGGCAUCAUCUUUGUGUCCGAGGGCAGCACGGUGAACCUGAGGCUGUAUGGCCACAGGCUGGGCUCCAUCUCCAGCAACCUGAUCUCCUUCACGGAGGUGGACAACUCCGAGGCCUUCCACAACUCCACCCACUGCCCCGAGCUCACCAAGGACCUGGUCGUCCAGCAGCUGGUCAACGUGAGCCGCGGGGACACGUCCGGGAUGCUGGUGGUGUUCACCAAGUUCCUGCGGCGGAGCGAGAACAUGAAGCUGUACGCGCUGUGCACCCGGGCCAGCGUGGACGGGCCGUGGCAGAAGUGGACCGAUAAGGACUCGCUGCUCUUCAUGGUGGAGGAGGCCGGGAGGUUCCUGCCCCUCUGGCUGCACAUACUUAUCAUUUUGGUGCUGUUAGUGCUGUCGGGCAUCUUCUCUGGCCUCAAUCUGGGGUUGAUGGCCCUGGACCCCAUGGAACUGCGCAUCGUCCAGAACUGUGGCACGGAGAAGGAGAGGCGCUAUGCUCGCAAGAUCGAGCCUAUCCGUCGCAAAGGCAACUACCUGCUCUGCUCGCUACUCCUGGGAAAUGUGCUGGUCAACACCUCUCUCACUAUCCUUCUGGACAACCUCAUCGGGUCCGGGCUCAUGGCCGUGGCCUCCUCCACGAUCGGCAUUGUCAUCUUUGGAGAGAUCUUACCUCAGGCCCUGUGCUCCCGGCACGGACUGGCUGUGGGUGCCAACACGAUCGUUCUCACCAAAUUCUUUAUGCUACUCACUUUCCCCCUCAGCUUCCCCAUCAGCAAGCUCCUAGACUUUUUUCUGGGCCAGGAGAUUCACACCGUUUACAAUCGGGAGAAACUGAUGGAGAUGUUGAAGGUGACAGAGCCCUAUAAUGACCUCGUGAAGGAGGAACUAAAUAUGAUUCAGGGGGCCCUGGAACUACGGACCAAAACCGUGGAGGACAUCAUGACCCAGCUCCAUGACUGCUUCAUGAUCCGCAGCGAUGCCAUCCUGGACUUCAACACGAUGUCCGAGAUUAUGGAGAGUGGCUAUACCCGCAUCCCCGUGUUUGAGGACGAGCAGUCCAAUAUUGUAGAUAUUCUCUAUGUCAAAGACUUGGCCUUCGUGGACCCCGAUGACUGCACCCCCCUCAAGACCAUCACCCGCUUCUACAACCACCCCGUGCACUUUGUCUUCCAUGACACCAAGCUGGAUGCCAUGCUGGAGGAGUUCAAGAAAGGGAAGUCCCACCUGGCCAUCGUGCAGAAGGUGAACAACGAGGGGGAAGGGGACCCCUUCUACGAGGUCCUGGGCCUGGUCACCCUGGAGGACGUCAUUGAGGAGAUCAUCAAGUCCGAGAUCCUGGACGAGUCCGAUAUGUACACUGACAACCGAAGCCGCAAACGGGUAUCUGAGAAGAACAAACGGGACUUCUCAGCCUUCAAGGAUACUGACAAUGAACUCAAGGUGAAAAUUUCACCUCAGCUCCUCCUGGCUGCUCACCGCUUUCUGUCCACGGAAGUCCCCCAGUUCAGCCCUGCUCUGAUAUCAGAGAAGAUCCUGCUUCGGCUGCUCAAGUACCCAGACGUCAUUCAGGAACUCAAGUUUGACGAGCACAACAAAUACAAUGUGCACCACUAUCUGUACACCCGGAACAAGCCGGCCGACUACUUCAUCCUCAUCCUGCAGGGGAAGGUGGAGGUGGAGGCUGGGAAGGAGAACAUGAAGUUUGAGACGGGUGCCUUCUCCUACUACGGGACCAUGGCGCUGUCCUCGCUAACCGCUGUGCCUUCAUCCCAGGUCGGGUGUCCGCCUGGCAAGCAGAACUCCCUGCUCUCCUGGCUCUCAGUUCACCAGGCAGAUGCCUGUGCUGCCCUGGUGGCGGGAAGAGGCACCGCCAACACUGCCCUGGCUUUGCCUCCCGGGAGGGGGACUGGCACUAGCUGGGAUGGGAAGCCUGGCGAUCUGGGGCCUCUAGGUAGCAUCCCCUGGCAUCCAUGGGACAGGGCUAGCCAGGAGGGCACCGCAGUCCAGGGUGGUGCCUGCCCCGACAGCCUCUUUCUCCCCACAGACCGCUCCCCAUCACACCCCACCUGCCUGAGCCGCUCGGCCUCCCUCAGUUGCCCGGACCGCACAGACCUCUCGAGCCCAACCCCCUUGGCAGGCAGCAGCAACCAGCUUGGCAGCUCUGUCCUGGGCCAGUACAUCUCUGACUUCAGUGUCCGGGCGCUCAUGGACCUGCAGUAUAUUAAGAUCACCCGCCAACAGUACCAGAAUGGGCUGCUGGCCUCACGGAUGGAGACCAGCCCUCAGUUUCCCUUGGACGGGUGCACCAUCUGCACGGAGAACCUGGCGGAGAAGCCUGAGCUGCCUGUGGUGGACGAGACCACAACUCUGCUCAACGAGCGCAACGCCACGCUGCACAGAGCUUCCCCUGAGAGCGCCAUCUGACAGGAGGGCCCGGGGCCCCCCGCCAGCUCCGCGGGGGCCGCCCCAGUGGGCCCACCUGAAGAGAAGGAGCCUGUCAGGCCAGACGGAGCUGCCUAGCCCUGGACUGUGGGUGGCGAGUAGCCACCACAAGGCGGAUUUUGUACUGGAGAGUUUCUAGGCUUAUUGCUCCUCUUUUGAAAUAUCAUUUGGAGAAGGGAAUGGGGAAGGGAAGACAGGGUUAAGGAUUUUAUUUUAAAAAAAAAUUUUUUUCCCACAAAAACUUUGGAUGGGGUUUCUCACCCCGGGAAGCAAUAGCCAUAACCUGCUCCCAGCCACAACCUGGCUAUGUCCCGACUCAGGGAGCCGACUCUUCCUGCUCCUUGUCCUCCAGAGACGGGUCCCAGCAGCUGCGGGAGGAAGAUUUUCUCUUGGGAGGAAGACAGUGCUUCCCAGGAAGCAAAGAACCAAAUAGCAUUGAGAACAACUGCCUGGACAUGUGCACUGAGGCUUGUCUGACGUCGCCGAGGCCAAGGGAUUCUGGGGAGCUGUGAUCAGGGGCAUUAUACUUCCAGCUACAGAGGAGUAGCCCUGCUCCUGUCACUCGCUGGAUCCAGGAAUUUCUGAAACUGCUGAUGGGCUCUCCUGUUGGGGGCCACUGGGACUCUCAACCCUGGCCCCAUUGUUUUGCCUCAUAUCUACCCCUUUGGACAGCUGUUCCCUUGUAAUGGGGCUGACUUGACGCAUUAGGCAGUGUCUCCCACCUUUCAGAUUGCUCCCCCUGCUCCCCAGGCUGCCCUCUCUUUACCAAAGGCUUUCCCGUGGGUUGGGACAGCAUCUACAUUAGAGGUGACUUGUCUGCAAUACUCCUCUUGGUUCUAGGAGGGAAUCUAGUCACAAGUAUUUGCAUUGUUAGCAAGUAAUAACAUCCCCUUCCCACCCCACAACCAAAGUCCAGUCUGACCCUUGAACUCUGCUUUCCAGGCUCCCUACUUCCAAUCUAAACCCCGAGGUCUCUUGGGGAUUGAGAACAGAGGAGGCUCUCCGUGGCUGAGGCUGACCUGCCUAUUUAUACACUUUCAUACCCAGGAAAGGUUUCAGCCUCCAGGGCGCACAACUGGUGGCCACGUUCCCCCAGGUCCGUGAUCCUAGUGUGGGACGUCAGCUUGUCCUGUGCUGAAGCUGGUGGUACAGAGCUCCACGCCCGCAGGAAGUCCUCCCCAGCACCUUUCCCUGGGGCUGAGUCAGGCCCUGCUGCACAGCUCCAGGCUUCCCACUCCUGCGGAGGCUGCGGGACCAAGGUCCGUGUUGGCCCUUUUGUCGGGUGGAACGGUUGCCCAAGAUCAGGUGGGGGAGACUCUGCAGGCCUCCCCCUGAGUAUUGUCUAUUCGCUCCUUUCCUAAAGGGCUCUGCUCUUCAGGUGCCUGGAGAGCCCUAAGUCUUGAGACCAGGAAAUGUCUUGCACCAAGUAUACCUACCCCUGACCAGUCACAGAAUCUAUUCUUAAAAGUUUGGAGAGAAGGUGGUGAUACCCAUGGGUUCUCAGCCAGAAGGAAAAAAAGACACUGGACCUUUUUGUUCCCUGUGGGGAAACCCAUUAGUUUUCUACACGCACAGCUUGCUUUCUGAUUCCACAUGGAAGCUUGCAAAGCUGUGUUUUUGAGACCUGGGUGCCAGGCAGGGCCAAGCACAUUGGCCUGAACCAAGUGAGUGUGUGUGAAGUAAAAGCGGGUACGCACACUUCCACGCUACCUCUUUGCACACACGGUUACUACCAACAGUUCCCUCCUCCCCCGUUCUUCCCUUCCCUUCCCCAUUUAUAAUCACUUCUUGCAAAGGGUCGUAAUUAUUUCCAAAUAUUACUGGUCCGAUGACUUCCUCCUCCCAGUGCAAUUUUUCACUUCCUAUUCCAACUUCUGGUUCCUGGGCUGAGCUCUACCCUGGAAUUGGCCCACCCUUACCUGUCUUCCUGUGUGAGGGAUGGCCUCCAAAUGGGUAGGCAAGUCACAGCCACCAUACCAAGUAACAUAUUUAUUUUGCAUAAGAUUUUAAUUUGUAUAUAUUUGUGAUUUAUUUUGGCAUUGUUAUGAGUUUGACUCUCGAGGAGUUUUGUUGUUAUGACUCUUGUGUCUUUUGUCACAAAACAAUGAUAAUAUUUGCUAAACAAUAUAUGGAAUUUAUUUUUGAUUGGUAAUAAAAAAAUGAAAUAUGAAA